CCUCGAUCAUAUUAACUGGCCCGGGUCCAAAGGGGUUUGGAUCGCCUGCUUCCACGGCCCACGACGCCCAGAUUCUUAUUACUCUCAUUCGUUCUUCCUCCGUCUGUUGUUUAGGACGAGGAAGCUAGGAUCGAGCCAUCGCCAAUUCGACGCAACCGAUUGCGAGAUGGAGAGGUUCUCAUCGGGACUUGUGAUUUGUGUAGUCUCGGGCCUUCUGCUGCUUUCUCAGCCAACUUUCGGGAUUAGGUUUGUGAUAGAUAGGGAAGAAUGCUUUACUCAUUCAGUUCAGUACGAAGGGGAUACAAUUCAUGCAUCCUUUGUCGUGAUUAAAUAUGAUACUCCAUGGCAUUAUAGUGAUGAUGGAGUGGAUCUUGUGGUAAAAGAUCCUCAUGGAGCUCAAAUUCAUGAUUUCCGUAACAAGAUAAGUGAAAAGUUUGAAUUUAUAGGUCAUCAGAAGGGUCUUUACCGCUUCUGCUUUACCAACAAGUCCCCAUAUCAUGAAACCAUAGACUUUGAUGUACAUGUCAAUCAUUUUUCAUACUUUGACGAACAUGCAAAAGAUGAGCAUUUUGCCCCUUUACUUGAACAAAUAGGAAAACUAGAGGAAGCUCUUUACAACAUACAGUUUGAGCAACACUGGUUAGAGGCUCAGACCGACCGCCAAGCACUAGUGAAUGAAGGCAUGAGCCGGAGGGCUAUUCACAAAGCACUCUUUGAAUCUGCAGCACUGAUUGGAGCUAGUGUGCUGCAAGUCUUUCUCUUGCGUCGCCUCUUCGAGCGAAAGCUUGGCACCUCGAGGGUUUAAUGCUUCAGUGCAAUUCAGUUGUAUCUUUCAGUUAUAUAUUGUAGCAUUCUAGAAAGGUUCAGUCCUUCACUAUAUCUGUGGAUUGAAAUCUGAAAAUUUGAUAAGUGCGCUAGAGUAAGUUUUCUAACAGUAAGAAAAAAGGUUUUAUCCCUACAGCACAAGUAUAGAAACAGUUUUUUAUCCCUAAAGCAUGUAGUUAACAGACAAUUAGUUCUUAUAAAAGAGUUCAUCAUGUCACUGAUCA